GUCGGUUGUGCCUUGACUUUUCUACACGCACUUCGCUAUCUUUCGUUUAUUGCAAGCGAGCAAGCUGCUUGCAGCGGUGUGUCCUGUUUUCACAGGGAGUCGCGUCGGCGCCGAAACGAAGAAUUCCCAAAGCAGGACUACGCGCCAGCAGUAAUAAGUAGGCCAAGCGGACGAUCUUCGUCGAGGCACCCGUACGCGGCGUUAUCUUAUCAGAUAGCAGGUUUGCCAUUGGUGUGGCGUUCGCGCCGAGUGUUCAUGCCUCGUCUCCCGACAGAUUGACGUUCGAUGUCGAGCGCGAGCUUCUUCGCAGGCAGCUGAACGACGGACAUGAAGGAGGAGCAUGAGGGCACCGUCAACGCUGCUGCUGGGCCUCGCCAUUCUCAUCAUAGGAGAAUCAGCAGUCGAGUCUUUUCGAGCGCUGCCUAACCACUUGCGCGAAUGCUACCGGGGCGACGGCUCCUUUGCGCCGAAGCUACCGCUCAACCUGAGGGCGAUCCUCGACGUCCUGAGGAAGGUCGAGCGGAGGACGCGCACUUCCUUGACCAUACGGACUCUGUCCGCUGCUUUGGUGAAGAGGUACAAGCUCGACGGCGUGACGUACUCGGGCGAGCUACCUGCUCGCGAGGGAGUGCUGCGCUUCGCGGCGAACGGCGCCCAGCGAGCGAAGCAGCGAAUCGUCCAGGAGCUGAUGCCAGGUGACGACGCUCUGCUACCGGCCGACGCACUGACGCGCGACGAGCGCUGCCUGCUGCACUUCGCCAUGUCCAACACCAUCUGGGUCCACUCCGAGUCCCGCGAGGAAAGCUUCUGCGCUCCCGGACCGAACGAGCGAUCUCUUGGUAACGUGGCUCCAGCUCGAUCCAGAUCCGUGCGCUCAAUCGCGGCAAUGGCAGACCAGUCCUUCGAUCCCCGCAGCCACUUCUGUCCGAAGGAGGGGGGCGUGAUACUCAGCCCCUACAACACGCUGGCCUUGGGUUCAGUUGUCUCGGCCGUCGCCGCUGCUCUGGAGCCACAACGAAUCAAGCCGCGUCUGCUGCUUGACAUGCCCGUCGACGAGGACGAUGGCGACGUGGAGUUCGUCGUGCCCAGGGACCAGAUCGACCGGUCCAUGUGGCUCCAGUCGAUGGCCAGCUCCGAAGUCCAGAUAGACAACGUCUGGAUCGCCACAAUUUCCGGCGAACUGGCCGAACUGGUGAUUUAUCAGGGACCAAUCUACGACGAUCGCAUGUACCUCGGGUCCACCGGCUUCUGGAAUAGCACCAUUCGUCCUCGAAUCUUCUACAUCUCGCACCGAACGAAUAAUUUCGAGCUGACGCGGGCAGAAAUCGUUGGCGCCGUGGAUGGCCUCAUCAUCGCAAAAAACAUGGACAGUUGGAUUAGCAAGUUCGCGAAUCUGCGUCUGAGCCAAGUGUUGGACAUGUAUUACUCGGACAAGGGCAUGGUGUUUGACAGGAACGUGAAGGCCUGUCAGCGCGGGAUGCAGUUCCCCCGCGUCGCGCCCAAAGUCGUCAUGGAGGAACAGACGUACGCGGCGUCGCAAGUACUGGCCUAUCUAAAUAGUAAAGCCGCGAUGACGACACAGGCCCUGCAGAGGAUCGUCGCGAGAGCGGUGAACAGCUUCUCCAAAUACACCGACGAUUAUCUAUUCACGGAAGUGCAGUGUCGUGGUAGACGACGCAGGCAGAACAAAGUCGAGCUCGUCGUAGCGUUCGACGGUGCCUGGACCAGAAGCUACACCGCUGACUUUCUUGCGGCACUACUGGACGACUUCGACGUGUCAAUAUAUGGCUCAAGAAUGGGAAUCAUGCACGGAGAAAGCGGCCAGUGGCUGCGCAACAUGACCGAUAGUCCGACUGAUCUCUAUCGAACCAUUGAUCAACUAUCCACAUUUUCCUGGCCAAGGAAAUUAGAACUAGCGGCAGUUUUUCAAAGCAUUCAGAAAUAUCUGGACGACUCUUGGGAGCGAUUAAUCCAAAAUCACACUGUUGCAAACUUAGGACAAGCGGUUGUUUUAUUAGUGCCGAGAAUAACGUUAGAUACUGAGGAAACUCAACUCGCUAUGACUGCUUUGAAAAAACUCAAGUCUAAACAUCCAGAAACGCAUUUUUUAUACUACACUCAUGCCUCGAAAGUCGAGAUGUUGAGAAAGUUUUUAUUAACAGAGGAAGAUCGAAUAGUGGAUUCAAUGGAAAUUGACGACAUUUCAAGAAUUUUAGCUACAGUACCCAUGACUUUAAGAUCCGCUGGCUGUAAUAAAAACCUUCCCGGAGUAAGAUUACAAUUUGAAGAUUACAUAUAUCCUUCGGAAACAAUUAUUUAUCGAUUGCAUCCUCAAUGGAGAAUUCGAGCCAAAAGAGUCCCAGUGACGUUCCACGGAGUAGGGUAUGGAACGAUGACAGUUUGUUUGUGGAAUCAACAUAAGAUGAACUUGAAGCAAACGGGCAAGAGAUGUAAAGCUUUAUCGCUGUACGGAGAAAUUUCUCUCGAGAAUGACUAUCAAUGUGAAGAAAAUAAUAAAUGUCCCAGCACAUAUUUCCAAAUUAAGAACGUUACGACUAAUACGCGAUGUGCAGAGUUGGACUGUAGAACGCCAGACCAAGUGAGAUUUAUCGUUCGCACGGAAAGCUUUCAGUGCCUAUCGACUAGCACAACGAUCUAUGCCAACUUAUUUCUGUUAGUUACUACUGCUCUAUACGUACUAAACUAA